CACAGCAGUUUAUUGUUUUCUACUGUGCUGUAAAGUUCUCGUUUGCUUUCAGUUUGCUGGUGUGAUAUACCUGCUCAAGCAUGUAUCAGACUCUGUAUUACCUUCUGUCUGCACUUGGUGGCUAUGUUCUAAGCUCUUACUACCUGUUCAAAAAUCCACAGGUGCUACACAAGAAAAAACACCUGGCCUUCCACUGCCAUCACAUUUCUCAUCGAGGAGGAGCUGGAGAGAAGAUUGAAAACACGUUAGAAGCCUUCCGACAUGCUGUACAGAACAAAACUGACUUACUGGAACUGGAUGUUCAUCUCACCAAGGACGGCAAGGUGGUGGUAUCACAUGAUGAAAACCUGGAAAGGCAGACUGGAGUAAACAAGAACAUCUCAGAUAUCAAUUAUCGGGAUCUACCGCCAUACAAGGAAAGACUGGAAGUGACCUUUAUGAAAGGGCAUUUCAGCACUGGAACAGACCAUCAGAUUUCACUGUUAGAAAAUGUUUUCCGAGAGUUUCCAAGGACCCCUGUGAACCUGGAGAUCAAGGAAGAUAAUGAUCCGCUUAUAAAAAAGGUAUCAGAGUUGGUGAAGAGAUACAACCGCAGCAACAUCACAGUCUGGGCCAGUACGAAAAAUGCGAUUAUGGACAAAUGUAUUGCAGAGAACCCAGACAUGCCAGUUAUGUUCACCGUGAAACGCGGAUUGCUUCUUCUUGCUCUCUACUAUUCAGGGCUUUUGCCCUUCGUCCCACUGCGAGAAUCUGUUUUGGAAUCUCCAAUGCCUUCUGUUUACAACAGGACAUAUGAUCCACCACCUGGACUGAUGAGGAACAAGCUGGUCAUGAAAUUAGUACAGAAGCUCACAAUGAGGCGUUCCCUCUUUCAGCACUUAGAAGCACGAGGCAUUCAGGUUUACUUAUGGGUUCUUAAUCAGGAUUCUGACUUCCAGAAGGCAUUUUCUCUUGGAGCAACAGGGGUAAUAACUGAUUACCCUUCUAAGCUGCGGAUGUUUUUGGAUAAUCAAUCAUCCUAGGACUGACAUAGAAGAAGCCCUGUUACAGAUGCUGCAUUCAUCCUAAAUCAAAUACUGUGAAAAUGUGUGAGUUUGUGUUUAAAUCAUAAAAGUAUAUAUAGUUAUUUAAAUAAAAUGGUACAUAUUUGA